CAUGCAUACAAAAUCGGCCGCAUUAUCAGAACUGAGAAAGAAAGAUUUGCUAUUUUGUGAAGUGCUGAGUUUGAGUAUUUCCAGUCUCGUUGAGUGAUCAACUCUCCUAAAUAUUGACGAAGGUGUUCUGAAGAGCUUCUGUUAGGUUUCAUCAUGUCUACUGAUGUGAUGUUCGGUCCUCAGUGGAUCCGCGACCUUUCCAAUGCCGGCAAUGGCCCCAAUGCCCAGAGCCCAAUGUCUGGUGGAGCUGGUCAGGGUCUUGGCCAAGCCCAGCAGCCGCCAGUGUUAUCGAGGCCCAUACUGGCUGAACAGCGGUAUGGCAAAGAGGAGAUGCUUGCGCUGCACUCCAUCCAAGCUGCGCAGCCUCCCGAGGCCGUCGAGUUCUCCAGCUUAUUCAGAGACAAACCAAUCGAUCCCAUCAACCUCACUGCUGUCACCGAGGAAGAACAGAAACUAAUCGGAGCAACAGUCAACAGCGAGGUGGCCAUUCGCAUGAACCGGGGUGGCAGCACUAGUGGCCCUCCGCCGGUCAGUUCUGUUCGCGGUGGCCGCGGCGGCAGUCGCGGUGGUGGUCGUGGAGGUCGAGUGGGAAGUUAUGGUCGACAUGAUGAAGCAGAUCGGGAUCGCGAUGACGAGUUUGGUGGUCGGGGGUACACCAAUCGGGACAGGCCAGCAGGUCCAAUUCGAAAAGGUGAUGGGCGUGGCUUUGAAAUGCGGCGGGGCGAAGGUGAUCGUCUGGGUGGUACUGACGAUGACUUCGGUGGGGGAGAAGGUAGCAGUGGCAAGAGUUAUUCGCGGCCAGGUUGGAAUAUUGACCGGACGCCUGAUCGAUUCCGUGAGGCGGAGCAUGGAAAAGAGCAGGCGUUCGACCGAAGUAGUGACCGUGGUCGUGGUGGCGGUGGUGCGCCUGAUGGUGGCAAAUCUGAGCGAGGCGGGUUCAGCAGCGAUCGUCCGUAUGAUCGGAAUUAUGACAGGGCGCAUUCUCACUCAGAGUUUCGGACAGACGAGGACGACAAAGGCCCAACACGACCCGCAACGCUGCUCGAAGGUGGCCGUUCCACUCGUGAUAACAACUGGCGAACUGGUCCGCGGGACGGCAACGAGACCACCACAUCCAGCUGGCGGACAACGCCUGGCAGCAGUCAAUACCAGCCAUUGACUAGUCCUACAAAGACGCACCGGCCGGAGGAGGGCCUGGGCUCACCGCUCAAGUCACCGAGAGGCUGGGGCGAUCAGUGGGGUGCCGACUCGCUACGGAGAAGUUCGGAAACCCGCGGCUUGCCGUCAGCGCAAUCUCGUCAAGCGGCGGAUGAAAACGCGUCAACCGGUCAAUCCUCUCGCAAUCCAACCGAUCAGCCUUCUGCUCCUACCUCACAGCAGACUCAACAGCGGCAACACCAACAGCAACUAGCCGAUGCUCAGUCGCAAGUGCAGCACCAACCAGAGCACUCGCAAGCGUCCGACAUACCACCAGGGCAAGAUCAGCAGCAGCAGUCUUUUCAGCGCACUCCUCGUCGUCCUCAGUCUGGUGUGCAGCAGCAGCAGCAGCCUACAACCGCUGCACCUCAAACAGCGACAGUCCAACCAGCCGCUCACCAACCGCAGCCCCACAGCAGACAAACCUUGCAAAAUCAACAGCAUCCACAGCAGCCACCGCAGCAGCAGCAGCAGCAGCAGGUAGCACCCAUGCAGGCGCAGAUGCAGCCUGAUGUUCAGUUCUCAGAACAACAUCAGGCACAGAUGCAAGCCGGUGUGGCCAACCUGCAAUCUCUUCUCCAAGGCAACCACUUGCAUCAGUCGCCCUGGGGCCAGUCAACAAUGCAGCAGCAGCAGCUGCAGCAGCAACAACAGCAGCAGCAGCCACAUCACCAAUCAGCUCAACAGCAGCAGCAAGCCCAGGGUGCAUGGCCUCGUCAACAACUGCAGUUCGGAGGGUCGGGCAAUGCGACCAGUGGAAUGGGGCCAGCAGCGUAUCCAGCCGAUGCACUGCAGUCUUACGAUCCAGCAAUAAUCAGCAGUACAGGCCAGACGAGCAGCAGCAUGUUGAGCACAUCUGCACCGCGCACGCAGCACGACUUUGCUAUGUCCAACUCACCUGCUGCUGGCGGCAUGGGAGGACUUUCAUCUCUAAUGGGACAUGGCUCUAGUGCGGCGGGUGGCGAUAUUCUGUCCGCCUUGGGCAACAUGGGUCUCGGCGGUGCACGCGACCCCUCUCAGCAACAGCAAGCGCUAAUGCCACAGCAGCAGCAGCACCACCAGCAGCAGCAGCAUGUACAACAACAACAGCAGCAACACGAUGCUCGGCCACAGAGCCUGUAUUCUGCGCUGGGCAUGCAGCAGCCCCAGCAGCCAGACUCUGGCGACCGGGAAAGCGAGUUCUCGCAGCAAUUCCAACAGAGGGCAGAAAAUAUGGUGGCGCCGUUUGUCGUGGAUGAGGACGACUCGAGCGGCUUUGGUGCCGGCAAGAACCCCAGCUAUUUCAGCGGUCCACCCGAGGCUGUCCGGCAGUCCUCUUGGGACACCGGCGCAGGAAUGCAACAUGCCCAGCCACCAUCGCAGCAGCAGCAACACCCACAGCAACAUCAGCAGCAGCAGCAGCCACCCCAGCAGUCCAACAUGGGAGCGCCGGCAGCCGCCGUUCCACCACAGCUGUCGGAAAUCGAGUGGCUCUACCGUGAUCCACAAGGACUUGUCCAGGGACCGUUCUCCAGUACGGACAUGCAGGAUUGGUUCAGUGCGGGCUACUUCACGAUGAAUCUGCUUGUGCGGCGGACCUGCGACCAGAUAUUCACGCCUCUUGGUGACAUGCUGAAGCAAUGGGGCCGUGUGCCGUUCAUGCCCGGCCCACAAAUGAUGCCUUUGCAAGUGACCUCCUCAAACUGGUCUUCACAGCAUCCGUCAGCUCCUCAGGCAAUCCCGGCAGCAUCUGGCGCAGCUGCUUCAUCAGAAUCUGUGUGGACUAUGCUGGCUGGUUCCUCGUCUCCAUCAGUACAAGGUGGCACUUGGCCAGUCGGUAGCAAACCCAAAGAUCCCCAGCAACAGCAACAGCAACAGAUGAGUGGCUGGGAUGAUGGCAAUGCCGGUGUAAGUAUGGCUGGAAAUCAGCAGUACAGUCAGAUGCAACAGCAGCAGGAUGCGAAGGCUCUUCAGCAGAAGCAGGAGGAAGAACAACGCCUGCUUCACGAGCAGCAAGUGCGAGAAGCUCUAGAAAAGAAGAAGCAAGAAGAGGAGGAGGCAGAGCGUCAGCAGAAGGAACAGGAAGAGAAGAGAAAACUGAUGGAGCAGCAGCAGCUGUUGGAGAAGAAACGGCAGCUGGAGGAGAAGCAACGACUGGAACAGCAACGCCUGGAGGAAGAGAAGGCUGCGAAGAAGAGGGAAGAGGAGGAGCGCAAGCGCAAAGAGCAAGAGAAGCUGCGAAAGGCUCACGAAGAGAGACUUGUCAAGCAGCAGCAGGAAGAACAACAGUCCAAGGCUUCCAAGAAACAGCAGCAGCAACAAGCCCUGCAACGUCUACAGCAUCAGCAGCGCCCACAGCAGCCCAAGGCGGCAUCGCCCGAAUCACCUUGGGGCCAGGUUCCUGCUGCAGCUGCAGUGCCGAUCCCAAGCAGUCCUACACCGACCAGGCCCAGUGGACGCUCGCCAUCACCCGCACAACGUCAGAUUGCACCUGCAGCGACCACUGCACCAAAGCUUUCUCCAACCAGUGCCGCUGGCGGCUGGGGAGCACAGCCAGUACCAGCACCUUCUCCUUCUUCAAACCUGUCGCUUGCAGCCAUCCAGCAACAACAAGCUGAGCAAGAGAAGCUGAAACAAGCACAGCGCCAACAGCAGCAACAAAGCCAACAGCAACUGCAGCAGCAGCAACAGCAGGAGCAAGCAUCUAAAGGAUGGGCCACUGCAUCACAGUCCAGUGCAGUGGCGCCAGCGGCCAACCUCCGUGCCAUCCAGGCCGAACAAUCCCGUCAGAAGCAGCACCAGCAGAAGCCAAAGUCGGCUGCGUCUGUGCUGGCGGCAAGCACGCCUAGUCGGUCCGGCGGUGCUGCAUGGGCAAGCACAGCAGGCUCCGGUACAGCAGCCAACGUUGUGGCGGCGGCAAAGCCAGCCAGCAAUGCAGGCGGCGGCACGUGGGGUCCGACGCCAUCGGCAGCCGUGAAAGCGGCGCCCGCGACUCGUGCUCCGGCAGCAGCACCACAGAACUCUGGCUGGGGUCCGACGCCGUCCAGUGCUGCAAAGUCCAGUGCAUCGCAAACACAGCGUGCGUCUGCUGCCUCUGCCGUCAGUUCACACCCGCAGCCGUCUUCAUCCUCUACCGGUGGGGGCUCGUUCUUUGAUGAUUGUGCUCGAGACGUGCCCUCUUCGGCGCCAGUGACAGCAGCACCCGCUGCUAGUCAGUCCUCUGCGUCUAAGAGCAAAUCAUCCAGCAAAACUAGCAAGGCUGAUGACUCGUCCGUGUACAAGCACUUCCAGCAGACUGCUGCUCCCGCGGAUGAAUUCUCACAGUGGUGUCACAAUGCCUUGAAGACGUUUCCCGACGUCGAUCUGGAUGUGGAGACCUUCGUGCAGUUCUUGAAGCUAGUCGAGUCACCUUAUGAGUUGCACGACUAUGUGCGUGGCUACCUAGGCGAUAACACUGCGGCCAACAACUUUGCGCGCGACUUUAUCGAGAAGAGACGCGGUGGCAACACGUCUAAAAGCAGCAAGAAUCAGACUGAGGACUUCAAGGUUGUGUCUCAUGGUCGUGGCGGAGCGGGCUCAUCUGCUAAGCAGCAACAGCAACAGCAGUCUUCCACUUCGGCAUCUAGCUCACAAUUGGCAACAAGUGUGUCUACUCACCAGCAAGCCACUGGAGGCGCAUCAGGUGGCGGUACGAGUGCUAAUCGCCGUCGCAAGAAGAAGAUGCAGAAGAUCGACCCUGCGUCGAUCCUUUCGUUCGGCGUGAAUUGCGCCGAUCAACCAAAUCGCGGCGAGAUCCAGAACCCGGAUGCGUGAUAUGGUACUUACUGCGUUUGCCCUGCCGGCAUAUCCUAAUUGUGUGCUGUUAAUUAUUAUCAACCAGUGUCGCGCGUGGUAGAUAAGUGCAUGGGGGUCCGUCCACGGCUAUCAUUUUUAGUGUGGACCUUCUUGUGCUGUGCUGGUGCUCGCCCGUCCGGCGGCGAGCAUUUGAAUUGCGUUCCGUCUGCCGGUCAUGCAGACAAGAGACAUUCAGUAUGUAGAAAUUUGCGUACCUCUAUGUCGUUGUGACUACUGUUUUUCUUCAGUGGUCUCGCUCUAUGUGCACCGCAUGCCGUCCAUUAGACCUGGCAUGUACUCCGUCAGUUUGCACAUAAAUCAUUACUUGUGUCUUGUGACAAAGUUUAUUUGUUGCUACACAAAGUACAUCUCUGAUCAUUGUGCCAAAUUGGGCAUUUUUUA